CACAGCACCCGUGCACUGCCACCCCAUGCCCAGCUGCAAGGCGAAGACCCUGCAGAAGGAGUGGCUGGAAAAGCUGGGUGCGCUGCAGUUUGUGCUGACUUUGUGCUCAGGGACAUACCCAGCCAAGGGGGAAGGCGAUUUGUGUGGCCAAGGACCUGGGCCAUCUGGAAACACCAAAGGGAUUACUUUCCUAUCAAGCUGGUGAAGACAGCAGAGCUGCCCCCCAGCCAGAACUACGUGCAGGGAUCUCACUCCCACGGGGUCAUGAUCACCGGAGCCUUCAGUAAUUUCCACACUGAGAGCAAUGACUUCUCCCGGCUCUUCCCGGGACUGCAGCCCUGGACAGCCAUGAUGGCCAUCUUCUUCUAUGUCCCCUUGUUCCGAGAAUACAUCAUGGCUGGUGGACUGCGCCCUGCGAGCCGUCACAGCCUGGACUUUGUGCUGUCUCAGCCCCAGCGGGGCCAGGCGGUGGUCAUCGUGCCUGGUGGAGCCCAGGAGGCCCUGUAUACGGCACAAAGGCGGCACCGCCUGGAACUCCUGAAUCGCAAAGGCUUUGUGCGCCUGGCACUGAGGCACGGGGCCUCCCUGGUGCCUGUGUACUCCUUUGGGGAGAACGACACCUUCAGAUGCAAGGCUUUCUCCAAAGGCUCCUGGCAGUACCUGUGCCAGGUCACCUGUAAGAGGGUCACCAGCAUAGCUCCCUGCAUCUUCUGGGGCCGUGGUCUCUUCUUGCACAAGUCCUGUGGUCUGCUGCCCCUGCCCGUGCCCAUCACCACCGUGGUGGGCGGCCCCAUCCCCGUGCCCCAGUGCAGCAGCCCCAGCCAGGAGCAAGUUGACCACUACCACAGGCUCUACAUGGACGCCCUGGAGCGGCUGUUUGAGGAGCACAAGGAGAGCUGCGGGGUCCCUGCCUCUACCCGCCUCACCUUCUACUAAGACCCCACGUCCUCUGCUCUGAUACACUCCUCCCUACCUUGCUUUCUCCCUCCAAUAAAGGAUGAGAUGGGCAGAGAUAAGAGCCAGGGAUGCCCCUACAACCACUCUUGCUGUCAUCAUUGCCGGCGUGGCAUUACUGAGACCAAGGGUCCCAGAGUCAGUCUCCAUCAGUUUGGUGUCACAGCUAGUUGCUAAGAAACGCUGUUAGAAGUUCAGAUCUCGGCCUCAGUGGUACCUGAGGUCAUGUUCAUGCCUCCAUGGCGAGUGGCAGGUUUGAAGUUCCACUGGAACCAGGUCACAUGGAGACAGAGAGCCUGGGGUCGCAGAGGGCCCAUGCAAUGACCAGGUGAAUCCAGGUCCUCCCACCAAAGGAUCCACACCUCCCCUGCCUGUCUCCCUGGGGACCAAGGUCUCACAACAGGGACAUAGAAGGGGACACUCAGCACAGUGGGGGUGGGCAGAGUGUCCUCCAUGCUCCCCGGCUCUGUGUCUACACCCAGGACAUCAAUAUGCAGCACGUGCGGGAUGUCUUGGGCAGCUACUUCAUCCUUCCCUUUCCAGUCCAAUUCUCCCUCAUCCCGUGGACAAUGCUGGAUGGUGCCCUGGCCUCUGGGGUCACCCGGACGAGAAGCACUGCGGUCAUUUAAUCUGCUGAUGGAAGUGCGUCCCUCUGAUGGGAAUCAAGUGUCCACUCUGGGUCCCAGGGUGCGAAUCUCGCCCUCCAUGGACAGCAGUGAGACCAGCCUCCCGCCGGCCACUGUACUGCCCACCGUGCAGUUUCGCCAUUCACCGGGGCUGCCCCGAGCCCUCUGAGUGUGCAGCAUGGGCCUGACCCUGCCCAGGUGGCCUCUCCCUUCAGAGGGGGCUCUCAGCCUCUCAGUGUCGUCUCCAGCCCUGCUGGCCAUUUCCCUGGGUUCCUCUCUCCCAUCUCCUCUCCCCGCAUUUCUGCCCUGGUCUCUCCUAAUGUGUGGGGGGCUCUCUGUGCCUCCCUGCACACCCUGUGUCCAUGCCCACGUGGCCCUUGCACACUGAGCAUCUCCCACCCAGCCUGGUUUCCAUGGAGUGGAGCCGACAGGGAUGCUGCUGUCUGAUGUCUGAUGAAGGAUCCACAGCGCGACUGCUCCACCUCCCCGUGCCCUCAGUGCUCCCAAAGUCCACCCUUUGGGCACCCUUUCUGUCCCAGAUGUCCGCAUUCUGGACCUAGCUCGACCCAGAUCAUCAAGGUUAAGGGCAGUAUUCCUGAGUGUGGACUUGUUACCGGAGAAUGGCAGGGUUCUUGUCUUUGCACAAAAAAGAGUUCAGCUGUGAGACAGAGAGUAAUGGAAAAGUAAAUUAGCAAAGUUUAUUAGGGAAGGGACAUGCAUAAGAAUAGAUGUGCACCUCUCCAGACAGGACCUGAGAGAGAAUGCCCAGUCACUCGGACUGGGGGAAGGAGCGAGGUUACAUGGUUGAGUGGAGAGAUUACACCUGGGCAGGCCGGCGGGCGACUCAGCAGAGAGGCAGAGGGCUGAGCACCAGUCAGGUUGAGGCUGGUGGGGAGGGGUUUCAGGAGAUGGGUCUUUGUUUGAAGGUAUCAGACAGGCGGAAGCCUAGCUGGAGCCGUCCUAACCCAGGAUCCGGACCAGGUCUGGAGCAGGGUGUUUGAAAUGCAGAUACUGGGCUGUAUUUGGGAGAUUGUGGAAGAUUGUCAGGCAGAAGGGGCAGGGACCCGCACCUGGCAGGUUAUCAGGUAGAACAGGGCAGGGCAGGAUGCAAAUAGUGGCUGCCCCUGAAGCAUUAUCGGGAUGACUUUGAGGUGAAGAUGCAUAUGCUGGACAUAGAUGUCUUUUCUGUAGGCCUUCGUCACACACACAGAAGCUCAUAUCUGACUUCCUACCUAACAUUCCCCCCUCAAGAGGCAAAUACCAAAAAUUCUUCUUUGGGAUUAUGGAUGGAGUUCCGUUUUCUGUAGCUUCUUCUUAACAACAUAAAGGCUUGUAUACACAGAAUCUACUCUCAUUUUCAUGAGACCACUCUA